AUGCUAUCCUUACUGUUGGGCGGGUCCGCAGCUCUCCUGCGCGUGCUGGAGCGUCAAUCAGGAUCGAUUUGCGUCGACGACAUCGACAUCAGCACCAUCACUCGCCAGGCCGUUCGUGCUCUCUUCAACUCCCUUCCCCAAAACCCGUUAUUCCUACAAGGCACCGUCCGCGAGAACCUUGAUCCUCUCGGGGUCGCUACCGACGAGCGCUUGGUUCAGGCACUUCAGUGUGUGCGCCUAUGGGACUUUUGCGAGUCUCGCGGCGGGCUGGAUGAGGAUAUGAACGAAGGGACCUUGUCGCAUGGACAGAGGCAGUUGUUCUGUCUUGUUCAAGCAGUAAUCAAUCCAAGCAGCGACCUCAUUAUGGAUACGGACGCUUUGGUACACGAGGUUCUGCAGAAAGAAUUUGAGGCGUGCACUGUCAUUGCUAUUGUUCACAAGCUACACACAGCGCCGGACUUUGAUCACUUCGUGGUGCUAGACAAAGGGCGUAUCGUUGAGGAGGGCCCACCCCGUGAGCUGCUUGAACGGCCAGGAUCACUGUUCAAGGCGCUAUAUGACAGCAUGCAGACAGAGGAGAGGUAA